CCAACGCCACCACCCUAACCCAACUCCUCUCUCCUCCCCUCUUCUCCGUCUUCUCCAUUAGAACCACUCUGAAGCGACGCGACGCACGUAGUGCAUGGGCUGCUCGCUUAAAGCGACAGUCGUCAAAACGCCUUUAAACUGCAAUGUAAACGUGUUCCUAGUGGACUUUUCAGUCCACACCUUUCCUCGGAAGCUUUUCUUCGUCUUGGAAAAAGACGCAUGCACGUAAGUCGCUGAGUUCCUAUUCUGCAACGCCGUAUCCGAGUUAACGGCCGACGUUGCUAAGCCUAACUACUUCAUGUUCCUAUCAUCGAGUUCCUAAAAGUUAAACAACGUUUCUACCUCAAACGCGCGUUCACAGUAAGAGAAAGACAAUGCAAGAAGUUCACGGAGAGCACAGGUUCAGUUCGAUGGCUGCGUUUGGCGGGAACACGCACCUCGACUUCGUAGCCGAGGUGGGAUGUUCGCUUUGCCGAUGCCAACCCAGGGCUGACCUAAGAGUACUGUCAUGCCUGCAUUCCUUAUGUCCAAAGUGCCUGGAUGAAUGUAAAGGAGACCUCGCCUGCCCAGUGUGCGGCCACGAGGAAAACAGCAUGGACUGUUACGGGCUUCCACCUCCCUUUAUUAUUAGAAACAUUCUAAGCGUCGUCAAAGAAGACUACGAAAAUGGAUUUGGCGACUACGGUCCAUGCAGUGCUUGUGACGAGGGUAACCCGGCGACAGGUCGCUGCCGGGACUGCAACGAACUACUUUGCGACAAUUGCGUCUGGGCCCACCAAAGAGUACGACUCACAAAGGACCACAACAUCGUUCGCGUCUCUGAAGACAAGCCGCAGAUCAUGCUCAACUCGUGUACUAACAACAACUCUGGUGAUCACCGUCGCUGCGAGCGGCACGAUAGGGAGGUGCUGAACCUUUAUUGCGAGACUUGCUUUGAAGCCCUUUGCCGAGAAUGUACCAUGAAGGAACAUGCUGGCCACAGCUUCGUCUACCUACAGGAUGCGGUUGCAUCGGCACGAGCAGCAGUUGGUGAAGCCCUCGCAGAUGCUCGAGCCUGGGUACGCUCUUUGAAAGAAGGCGUCGAUAGGGCACGUGAGAUGUCCGAGAGAGUUCGAGCUCGCGCACAAGCUGUUGAAACCGAACUCCGCGCAACGGUACGCAGGCACAGAGUUGCCUUAGAUCAACGUGAACGGGAACUAGUACAACGCCUCAAGCAAAUUGAAUGUGUCAAAGAAGCAGCACUGUCACAGCAGAGAGAUGAUCUGCGAGCAGCAGUAGAACGUGUAACUCAUGCUGCAGAACGUGUCCAACAUGCUCAUGCAGACUUAGACCUCCUCCGAGCAAGUAAAGACCUUGCGGCCAGGUUGGAAGAAAUACGCCGAGCUAAGACUCAACCAUUGGAGGAUGAUGCUGUAACAUUUACAUCACCAGAUUCUGCAUUACUAGGUGCAAUACGGGCCCUUGGUUUUCUGAGUAGUGCAGGGUUUGCCCCAAAGUCCAUCGUUAUUGGGGAUGGUCUGCAGAAAGCUCUGAAAGGAAGACGGGCACUGUUUGUGGUGCAGGCAAGAGAUCACCUUGGGGACCCAAGGCUGGUUGGAGGUGACCCAAUUGUUGUUACUGUGCGUGGGCCUGAUGGCAGCUCUGUGAGAGUAGACGUAGUCGACCAGCAGAAUGGUAGUUACCAAGUCACGUACCACCCUCAAGUUGAAGGACGGCACAGCAUAGCAGUACUCCUCAGAGGUGUCGAUGUGCUACGGAGUCCCUUCACUGUCAUGGUUAGGUCUGGAAGAAAUUACAUCGCAAUGGGAAGCCCACUCCUGUCCAUUGGUGGCGAAGGCGAUUCGGAAGGACAGCUGUGUCGCCCAUGGGGGGUAUGCAGCGACUCGGAAGGUCGGCUCAUUGUUGCAGAUAGGUCAAACAACCGGAUCCAGAUCUUUAAUCCGGAUGGCAGCUUCCGAAGCAAGUUUGGCAGUGCAGGGGACAGGCCAGGCCAAUUCGACCGGCCUGCUGGCGUGGCCUGGGAUGCAACACGGAACAGAAUAAUAGUAGCGGACAAAGAUAACCAUCGUAUCCAGGUGUUCCUACAAGAUGGAAAAUUCCUGCUGAAGUUUGGAGAGAAAGGGUCCAAGACUGGUCAGUUCAGCUACCCAUGGGAUGUCGCUGUCAACAUGGAGGGGCAAAUCUUGGUCUCGGACACCCGCAACCACCGCAUCCAGCUCUUCCAGGCAGAUGGGACUUUCAUCAACAAAUAUGGCUUUGACGGUGGACCACUGUGGAAGCAGUUUGACUCCCCACGUGGUGUUGCCUUCCUUAAUGAUGGCCACAUGGUCGUAACCGACUUCAACAAUCACAGGGUUCUGGUCAUCCGCCCAGAUUUCCAGUCUGCACGCUACCUUGGAGGUGAAGGCUCUGAGCCCGGGCGGUUUAUGCGCCCCCAAGGUGUCGCCGUUGAUGUUGAAGGCCACAUCAUCGUUGCCGACUCUCGCAAUCAUCGCAUCCAGGUCUUCAGACCAGACGGCACACUAUUUGCCUGGUUUGGAACCAAGGGCGAAGGUCCCGGAGAACUGGACCGUCCUUCUGGUGUGAGCGUUGGUCCAGAUGGGCAAGUUGCGGUGGUUGAUUUUGGGAAUAAUCGCGUCCAGGUGUUCUAGGGGUGUGAGGGAAUUGUUUGGCAGCUUCAUAUGAUCUGAUUGAAGGGUCGUUAGGAUACAUCCGCACGGUUGCCUGUGGUCUCCUCUUGGAGGCGUGCUUUCAUUUUUGCGAUCAUAUUCGGUACUUCGAAUGAAUGCUGCCAGACCCUUUCUUCCCCCAAGCAGAUUUGCAGCAUCUUCAGGCACAAGGUGGAUGACAGUGUUUGUUUGCGACGGCAGCACAACUUAACGUUAGCAUUAUAUUUUCGUUGAUUUGCAGCACUGAAAUACUCUUUCUUAAUUUUCCUCUCUCUAAAUGCCCAGCAGCCAGGUCUGUAAACAGUCAGCGAAGGCAUCCCAAGACACGGACAGAUGGUUGUCCGGGUCUUAGAGUGCCCUUCCUAAAGCACUGGCAUGCAGCAUUUUGGGAAAUUACUAUGCCAUAACCUUUAUUGUACUCUGGUUUAAUUUUCUCUGUGCAUGAUCGUAGCUAACAUUUCGGUCUCACUCCAGCAUAAAUCACUAGUCUUGUCUCGUGCUACUGCGAGAAGUGUGCAAUAAUGGCAUUAAACUGUGACGCUUAUUUUUUCUUUCUUUCUCGAGAUGUAGUAUGGCUCCACCUGCAUUUGUUAUUUAAUGGAACCAUGUAAUCCACAUAUAAUUUAUUCUUCUCAAAAUUAUUGCUGCUGUGGCCAAAUGUGUGUGUUCUUAAGAAGCAAGUGCUUUACUCUAGAGAAAUACUUUAUGAAGUGUCACACAAGUGACAUCGUUAGACAUUUUGGUUUGUGCUGUUGCUCUCCUCUGCCCUUUUAAAGCAUAGCUCACAACAGGGUUUUAUCUUGUGUGAUUGUGAUAAGUAAACAUCUACUCUAAACUACCUCAACAGGCUAUGUUGCACAUGAGUUGUGUGUGUGUGUACAGCAUAGCAAAAAAAAAAAAAAAGUGCACAGAAGGUUUGUGCAUCUACCUCAAAGAUAGAAAGUCGAGUUUGUUGGCCUUCAGUUGGUCAUGUAUACCAAAGAAAACAGAUUUUUGAAGUGAUCUCUAGUGGUACUUUUUGCUCAUGGCGAGCACAUUCCGUGACGCUGCAACUAUUUUCUGUUCCAGGCUAUCCUUACGUUGCUAAAGCAAUAAGUAUGUCACUCAAUGCUGCUUUUGUCACUGAAUUGGACACUUUUUUAUGGUGUGAAGGGAUACCCAUGUUGGAUCCUACCACUCGGGGCCAAAGAUGUCAUGAGUUUGUUUCUUGCAUUUCUUUCAAUCUUAUGUGAUAAUGGUUGUGCAUGAUUUUAAAUGUGAAGUGCUUGAGCACAAUUGUGUCUUUUAAGUGUCUGUCUUGUGAUGAGAACUACCUUCUGAUUAAUUGCAGGAAGUGUUCUUCUGGUUGGGCAACCAGUGUUAAAUUUUUUUUUCUUCUUCUUUUUUUUUGUGUGGUGAGCCUGCAUGCCUAUUGCAGUAUUGAGUUUGUUUUGUUUAUGUGUGCCCUGUAAGCAAGUCUCAUUUUUAAUCUGGUGUUCAUUUUGUUCCUAUGUGCAACUGCGUUCGUGUAGUCCAAACUUCUGUGAUACUCGGACUGAUAUCAGAGUUCAGUUUUUAGUCUUGGCGAACUCGAGUAUGUUUUAUGUAAAUGGCAUAUAGUUAUCGCCUCUACUCAGCACCUGGACUGUUGAAGAGUUUUUGUCCAAUUUUAUCCGGAAUUUUUUAUCGUGGUUUCUUCUGUGGAAGGCCCCAGAGUUUUUAAUUAACAAGGAAGUCUUGUUUGGGUAGUGGCAAUGUAUCAAUACGCUUCAUUUGCGUGCUCUGCACAUAAUCUGAGCGAGAUCUGAGAGCAAAAAAAAGUUUUGUUUCCUUUGCCUUCCAAAGAUGAGAGCUCGGGGGCACAACUUGUUUUUAUGCUUGGUUCAACAUUUUUGGCUGGCAUAGUCUGAGGUACAAAAAUAAAGUAUAGCUAUUUAAAGUUCA